ACGAAUCGGGUCGGGUGGGUCAAGUGGCGAUCGCAGGGUAGAAGAAAGAGAGGAAAGAAGAAGAGCUUAAUAAAGUUUCUCUCUCGCUGGGGUGUCAGUAUUUGUAAAUUGUGUUUGGUGAUUGGCUUCGGCUGCCAUUGCCACGUUGCUCCAAAUCCUGUGCCCACCCGUCGCGAUAACCGCCGGCUUCUGCCACAAAUCACAUCGCAAAUUCCAUCGGAAUCCGCAUCUUUAUCAUCCACUGUCGGCAGAUUGGUUCUGCUGGAUUCCAAUCCUUGGUCGAUGUGAGCAUGAUCGAUCGGCGGCCGUUUAUUGGUUGUUGGUAAAAAUCGAUGCGGCUUGUGUUGAAUCUUAUUGUAAUUGCUAUGCUAUGCAUCCCUUCUGUUGCGGCACGACGCCGAUGACUAUGAAUAGAAGCUACGACAUGCCGCCAGUUUCGAUGUCCGAUCCGCUCAGCAGGAGUCAGAAUUCCGCGAUCUCUAGGGUUGGUUCGGCACGCGAUUCAGCUUCUGAUUGUGUCUCCGGUGGCGGUGCUCCGAUUAACAGCAACAAUCACAAUCAUAACUAUAACAGCCGCGAGUUGAAGAUUAAUGAUAUCGUGGGGAAUGGUAUAUCUGGAGUUCUGUAUAAAUGGGUCAAUUAUGGCAAGGGUUGGAGACCUAGAUGGUUUGUUUUGCAAGAUGGAGUGUUGAGUUAUUAUAAGAUCCAUGGUCCGGAUAAAAUUAUGGUUAAUCAGGUCACUGAGAAAGGAACCAGAGUGAUAGGGGAAGAAUCCAUGCGGCGACUGUCCCGUCACCACCACCACCACCACCACCACCACCAUCAUCAUCACCAUCACAGGAAUGGAAGCAGUGGUUCAUCCUUGAGAAGCCGGAAGCCCGUUGGUGAAGUUCAUCUAAAGGUGUCAUCCAUUCGCGAGAGCCGGUCAGAUGAUAAGAGAUUCUCAAUCUUCACUGGUACAAAGAGACUUCAUUUGAGAGCUGAGAGCAGAGAGGACAGAAUGGCAUGGAUGGAAGCUUUGCAAACUGUGAAAGACAUGUUCCCAAGGAUGUCCAACAGUGAGUUAAUGGCCAACAUGGACAAUUUAGCUGUUUCAACAGACAGGUUGAGGCAGAGAUUAUUAGAGGAAGGAUUGAGCGAGGCUGCUAUUCAAGAUAGUGAAGAAAUCAUGAGGAAUGAGUUUGCAUCCCUGCAGAAUCAAUUGAUGAUACUGAGGCAGAAGUAUUGGCUCUUGACAGACACACUACGACAGUUAGAGACAGAAAAGGUGGAUCUGGAGAAUACAGUCGUUGAUGAAAGCCAGAGACAGUUAGAAGAUGCGGGAGUGUCAUCUAGAUCAAGGCAAGAUAAGUAUAGUGAGAGCGCAAGUGAAUCUGACGAUGAAAAUGAAAGAGUAGAUGCAGCAGAGGAAGAUACGGAUGAAGAAGACAAUACCUUUUUUGACACCAGGGAUUUUCUUUCUUCUAGCUCUUUUAAAAGCAAUGGGUCUGAUUUCAGGACAUCUUCAUUUUCAUCCGGAGAUGAUGAACUCUAUGCCUUUGAGGAUGAUGGUAGUAUUGAUCCUGCUAUUAGAUCUGCAGGAGCAAACUUUCCUUAUGUCAAACGUAGGAAGAAAUUGCCAGACCCUGUUGAAAAAGAGAAAGGAGUGAGUUUGUGGUCAAUGAUCAAGGAUAACAUCGGGAAGGAUUUAACAAAAGUUUGUCUCCCAGUUUACUUCAAUGAACCUCUCUCUUCCCUGCAAAAAUGUUUUGAAGAUUUGGAGUACUCAUAUCUUCUAGAUCGGGCUUUUGAAUGGGGAAAGAGGGGUAACAGCCUUAUGAGGAUUCUAAAUGUAGCUGCAUUUGCAGUAUCUGGGUAUGCCUCUACUGAAGGAAGAACAUGCAAACCAUUCAAUCCCUUGUUAGGGGAGACUUACGAAGCAGAUUAUCCAGAUAAAGGCCUCCGGUUCUUUUCUGAGAAGGUGAGUCAUCACCCCAUGAUUGUAGCAUGCCAUUGCCAAGGUACAGGCUGGAAGUUUUAUGGUGAUAGCAAUUUAAAAAGCAAAUUUUGGGGUCGCUCCAUUCAGCUUGAUCCAGUUGGUAUUUUGACACUUGAAUUUGAUGAUGGAGAAGUGUUCCAAUGGAGCAAGGUAACAACAUCCAUUUACAAUCUUAUUCUGGGGAAACUGUAUUGCGAUCAUUAUGGUACAAUGCGAAUACAAGGAAACCGUGAUUACUCUUGUAAAUUAAAAUUCAAAGAGCAGUCCAUCAUAGACAGGAAUCCUCAUCAGGUGCAAGGUCUUGUUCAAGAAAAGAGUGGAAAGACUGUAGCAACUUUGUUUGGGAAGUGGGACGAGAGCAUGCAUUAUGUUGAAGGAGACUGCUCUUUUAAGGGAAAAGGCCAUGAGUCUCCAUCAGAAGCCCACUUACUCUGGAAAUGUAGCAAGCCACCAAAGGUUCCCACACGUUACAAUCUGACACGGUUUGCAAUCACACUGAACGAACUUGUUCCUGGGUUGAAGGAGAAGCUACCUCCUACAGAUUCUAGACUUAGACCUGAUCAAAGAUGCUUGGAAAAUGGGGAGUAUGAUAGGGCAAAUGGUGAAAAAUUGCGGCUGGAACAGCGGCAGCGGCAGGCACGGAAGAUGCAAGAGAGUGGCUGGAAACCCCGGUGGUUUGCCAAGGACAAAGGGUCUGAUACAUAUCGCUAUAUUGGAGGGUACUGGGAAGCAAGAGAAAAGGCCAACUGGGAAGGAUGCCCUGAUAUUUUUGGUCAAAUACCGUCCGACAACAUUUUGAACGAGUAAGAUGAGCUUCAUAGCAUUCUUCCUACAUCCCCCCUUUAUAGCAAGCAUGCAAGCAGGAAUCAAUGAGAAAGAAGUGAUGAUUGUGGUACAUACAAUAAUAAUAAUAAUAAUGACAAUGAUAAUAAUAAUAAUAGUAGUAGUAGUAGUAGUGUUCUAAUGAUAACAAUAAGGUUCACAAAGGAACAAAUUUGAUAGUGUUUUUCUUUCUACUUCACAUAAAGAUGAAUAUUAUUAUUAGUAUUAUUUUUUGUCAUCCAUUGCUACAGUUGAAAGGGAAUGGGAAUGAUUAUUUGAGACGGUUA